AUGGAUCCUCAACAGCCUGUUUAUAGCCUGAUGAAGAGGUUCUGUCCUUGUUUCAGCCUGCUACCCCUGCCAAGUCAGGACUGGAGUAAGAGUGAUGAAAGGCUCUUGCAGGCUGUGGAGCAGAAUGAACCCGAUAAAGUCUCGGCUCUCAUUGUCAAAAAAGGUCUCUGUCCUACCAAGCUGGAUGCUGAGGGCAAGUCGGCGUUUCACCUCUCUGUAUCCCGAGGCCGGCUAGAUUGUCUGGAGGUUAUCGUCUCUCAUGGUGCAGACAUCAGCGUCACCGAUGGGGCUGGCUUCAGCGCCCUUCAUCUUGCAGCCAAAAAUGGCCAGUCUGAGUGCUUAAAGAGACUGUUACAGGAAAGAAUGGCGGUAGACUGCACGGACAGCAUUGGAAGGACACCACUCCAUCUUGCAGCGGUCAGUGGUUGCAUGUCCUGCACUGAGACCCUGUGGGACUUUAAAGCCAAUCUGGAUGCCCGGGACACUGACGGGGCCACCCCUCUGAUAUUGGCAGCCCAGAUGAGUAGAGUGGAACUGUGUGUCUUUCUAUUGGGUCGAGGUGCAAAUGCAAACAUACAAGAUAAUCAAGGAAGGUCUGCGUUGAUGCUGGCCUGUGAGAGUGACAGCGUUGAGACUGUAGAGGCUCUGCUGAGAGGUGGGGCCAACACACAGCUGGUCGACGGCCUCGGACACAAAGCUACCGACUACAGCGUAACCACAGGCAAUCAACGUAUCAUUGAGAUGCUGCAGGAUGGAGUACCUUCAGUCUCUGAGGGCGCAGGGGAGGAGAUGCAGGGUGUGCCACCUUCCCAAAAGUCCCAGAGUUCAGCUCCUCCUGCCCACUCUCCAGAGCCCCAUCAGUCCCAGUCCCCACCUCCCUCUCCCCAGCCUCAAGAAACCCAGCAGUCACCCCAGGCUGAAGACGAGGAGGUGUUUGAGGAGAUUCGGCGGCUGCGUCUGGAGAGAGGCCGUCUGCUCCAGAAGAUCAAAGCCUUGGAGCAGCAGCAGCAGAGUGCCCUCUCUGCCUUGGAGGAGCUUUCCCAACUAAAGAAAGGUCUGGAGGAGGCAGAGGCAGAGAGGGACAAACUGCUUGAGGAACUGAAAGCAGUCCAUGGUAUUGGGGCGAGUGACUCUGAGGACCUGGAUGAAAUGCUGGACUUCCCAGAAAAGCUGCUCUCCAAGCGCUCCAGAGCCUCCCCUGCUCAGGAUGAGGCCUCUUCUCAAACGGACAUUGACUCAGUCAGCCCCUCUCCUGCCCCUGCAGACCCCGGAGCUGUUGCUGAGCUGCAUAAACAAAUAGAGGAACUUACUUCCCAGAAUGCUGAACUUGUUCUGAAAGUUCAGAUGUUGGAGAUGUUUGAGAAGGAUGACACAGACAUGCAGACCUCCAGUUCGGACUUUGUCCCUCUCGUUCAAUAUGAAACCCUGAGAAAAGAGUAUGAAACCCUUCAGGAGCGCUUCUCUCAGGCCCAGGCUUCAGCAGAGGCUUCCAGUGUGGAAGAGCAUGAUGAUGAGCGAUCUCAGGGAGGAGCUGCAGAUUCAGAGAAUACAGAAGCUCUGAAGGAGAAGCUGCAUGAGCUGGAGGAGCAGUUGGCCUCUUCCAAAUCUGAGCUGGAGGAGCUAAAGGAGCAGAUGCGUGUCGGGGUGCUUUCUGUGGAGUGUGGUAUAGGGGAUAUUGCUGCAGCAGGUGCUGGGGCUUCAGAGGAGGGCCCGAGCCAGGAGGCAGAGCAGCUGAGAGCCAGGGUGACAGAGUUGGAGGAGGAGCUUUCUAAAAGAACGGGUGAGGCUGGGGGUCAGAGCAAUUCAGACAGUGACAUAAUAAAACAGCUGACAGAGAAAGUAAAGGAACUCCAGGCUGCUCUGGCCCAGAAGGAGUCUACAAAAGAGGAAGAAGAGAAAGAAAACAAACUAGAAGAUACAGAAACAGUGAAGUGCCUACGUGAGAAAGUUGCUAAGUUGGAGGCAGCCCUGGCAGAGAGCAGGAUAUCAGAAAAAGAUGGAGGCCAAGCAGGAGAUGGAGAUCAGGUCCAUCGCCUUCAGGAGCGUUUGCAUGAGCUAGAGGGAGAACUGAGGAAAUGUGUGCCCCGCUCGGAGCUGGAGGAGGUGCAGGUGAAUCUGGGACUCCAGUGUGAGCAGCUGGCAAGGGAGAGGGCGGAUGUGGCUAGAAGGCUCAACGAUGCCCUCCUGGAGCUGGAGAGACUCAGACCUCCACCACAUGGAGAAGAGGAAGAUGAAGAAGAGGAGGAAGAGCAUUCAGAGAGUUCAGAGCCCUCAGUCAUAUCAGAGCACUCCAGACGCACCUUAGCAGCAGUGAGAGAAGAACUUGAAGUAGCGAGGCAGGAAGCAGCUCAGGCUCUGGAUUGUCUGUGCGCUGAGCGAGAGAGCCGGGCACAGGACGCCCUACAGCUGAAGGACACGGUGCCACUUGCGAAACAUAAAGAGGCGCUGUCUGCGGUGUCGGAACAACUUGCUCAGACACUGCAAGAGCUCCAGGAAGAAAAAACCCUUCGGGGCCAUGCUGAGGAGCAGGCUGCCUCACUGGAGGCUAAACUGCAGGCCAUGCAGGAUGCCAUUCCCAAAGAGGAGCAUGAGAAAGUCAAGGCAGAGCUCCAGCACGCCCUGCAGGAAAGUGAGAGCGGUGCAGCAGCAGCUCGGGAUGCUCUGAGUGAGAAGGAGAUGGAACUGAGAGAGCUGAAAUCCCAGAAGGCUGCAGAACAGGGUCUGAUUUCUAAGGAGGAUCACGAGGCCCUACGGCUCUCUUUGCAGGCUGAGAUCAACGCCAUCAUGGCCCGUUUCAACGAUCUUACUCGUAAACACGAGAAGACCUGCACUGAGGUAUUCCAGGUACAAAGGGAGGCACUCUUUAAUAAGAGUGAGCGGCAGGUCGCAGAGUCGCAGCUCGCCACAGUUCAAAAACAACUUGCUGAACUACAAGCCCAGUCAACCCAUAUCCAGGAACUCCACAAAGACAUCCAGGAAUCGCAGAGCCUCGUGAAAGAGAAGGACCGCAAGAUAACAGAGCUGUCAAAGGAGGUGUUCCGACUGAAAGAGGCCCUGGGUGCUCUCUCGCCUCCUCUCGGAAUCACCUCUUCCUCUUCAUCAACCCAUCAUGGUAACCCUGGACAGCAAAUGGCUCUGCAGAAUAGGAUUGCCAUCCUCACUCAACAGCUCCAGGAUUGGGAGAGAAAGCACAAACAAGUGGUGACUGUGUACCGCUCACACUUACUGGCAGCUGUGCAGGGUCGCAUGGAUGAAGAGGUGCAGCAUUUGCUACUCCAGAUCCUGAAGAUGACACACCAGGGGCACUGAAAUUUAGAGCAUCUGCAAGUUUCUCUCAGCUCCAGUCCCCUCUACAGGGCAGUAUAGCAGCUCUAUCACAGCAGCCUGUGGGACCAGUACCCAGUAUAAAGCCAAAUACAACUGAUCUGUGGUCAGGUAUAGCUGCAUGAUUGUAAUCCAAACAACCGAUAGAAAAAUGGAACAUGGAGUGCCUUUUAUUGUGUAGUAUGUGAGGAGUUUAUGAAAGCAGAAUGCGAAUGUGACAGAGUGGAUAUUUAGACGAUACC